GCUCACUCGCUCCCCGCGCACCUCCGUGGCGGUGGUGCCCCCGCGCUCCUUCCACGUGUUAAGGCGUCGCGCGGUCGGGGACGCGGGCGCUGUCCUCGGCUAUAACCCGAGCCUGCACGCCUGCGAUUUCCGCCUAGAGAAAGGGUCGUGUGCUCCAAGUUGAGCCCAGGCGUUGUAACCAGCUCUCGUGGCGGACGCGCUUUUGCUCGUUCGCUUUUUCCCCGCUGUCCCGGAGUAAAGGAGAAGCCAUCGCCCUCCCGCCCGGCCUCGGCGGCGCGGCGGUCCGUGAACCCAGCAGUUUACCCGGCGCGGGCUGUGCCGGCGGCGCGGCGCGGCGGGGGGAGGCGGGCGCUGUUCCUGGAAGAGCCCGGCCGGGGAGUUGGUCACAUUCUUGGCCGGGUUUCAAUGACUGAGGCAGACACCAACAAACAGAGCGGGCAGCAGGAGGAGGAGGAGGAGGAGGAGGAGGAGGCUGAGCCAGCCUGCAUUAGCUCAGCUCUCAGGCACUCUCAGUCUCUGCUGGAAAGAGGAGCUGGGAGGAUGUGCGCUCUGUUACCGCGGCUCCCCACGGCACGCCGAGAAAACCGGGAGAAAUAAGGGAAGAAAAGGAGAACGGAGAGACGAGGAGCUCUCCCGGAUCGAGCUGAGGGGCCACGCGGGGGAAGGAGCCUGCUUAUUGCCCGUCCGAAGCCCCCGCGCCGCUUUGAAAGUGCCGGAGAUUUGGGCCUUUUCCUUUCCUCCUGCGUCGUUCCCUUCCACAGAAGCUUUCCGCCUCCCUGUGCUUUUCCUCGCCUUCCCCGCGCCUUCCUGCCAGUGGAUAUGGACAGAAGGGCGAUCACUGCAGAGCAGCAGCAGCCGCCAGAACAUAUUUGAGCCCGUGGAGCUCCGAGCGUGGCACGGACUUUUUGUGUUGCUGUGGGUGGUGUGUGAGUGAGUGAGUGAGUGUGUGUGUGUGUGUGUGUGUGUGUGUGUGUGUGUGUGGAGGUGUGGGAGGCGGGAUUGCUUUGCCUGGGGGGCUGGCUGAGGGGUUGAGUGCUCGGAUGAAGACCUCUUUUUGCCGUGACUCUGUGCUCCAUAGGGGCAGCUUGGAGACUUGGAGGGUUUGAGGUUGUAACGAAGCAAGAGGAAAGAAAAAACGGAGAGAGACACGCAUACAAAAGGAUUUAUUUCCUAUUCGUUAGUGGAUUGUUAAACCUGAGUGGGAAGGAGAAAAGAGCAAGGGUGGGUUGUUUUAUUUUGUUCGUAUUUUUUUUCGUUAAAAAAAAUCCCUUAAGUGGAUUUUUACCAGGGUGGAAGAUAACUGGGGAUUUUUGUUGUUUGUUUUGGGAAUAGAAACUAAAAAAUGGAGACUGUAAGUAGAAGCAGCUUCCAGCCUCAUCCAGGACUGCAGAAGACCUUGGAACAGUUUCAUCUGAGCUCUAUGAGCUCCCUGGGUGGCCCUGCUGCUUUCUCAGCACGAUGGGCACAGGAGAUGUACAAGAAAGACAAUGGCAAAGACCCAGCGGAAUCUGUACUGCAUCUGCCCCCUAUCCAGCCUCCUCCGGUGAUGCCUGGUCCCUUCUUCAUGCCCUCGGACAGAUCCACGGAGAGGUGCGAGACCAUCCUGGAAGGGGAAACCAUCUCCUGCUUUGUGGUGGGUGGAGAAAAGCGGCUUUGCUUGCCCCAGAUACUGAACUCUGUGCUCAGGGACUUCUCCCUGCAGCAGAUUAAUUCGGUGUGUGACGAGCUACAUAUUUACUGCUCCAGAUGCACUGCUGACCAGCUGGAAAUCCUCAAAGUCAUGGGCAUCCUGCCCUUCUCUGCUCCUUCCUGUGGGCUCAUCACUAAAACUGAUGCUGAAAGGCUUUGUAACGCCUUGCUUUAUGGUGGCACCUAUCCUCCCCACUGCAAGAAGGAAUUCUCUAGCACAAUUGAGCUGGAGCUUACAGAGAAGAGCUUCAAGGUGUAUCAUGAGUGCUUUGGGAAGUGUAAGGGACUCUUGGUGCCAGAGCUUUACAGUAACCCCAGCGCAGCCUGCAUCCAGUGCUUGGACUGCAGGCUCAUGUACCCACCUCACAAAUUCGUGGUCCACUCUCACAAAUCGCUGGAAAACAGGACUUGCCACUGGGGCUUUGACUCUGCAAACUGGAGAUCCUAUAUCCUCCUCAGCCAGGAUUACACUGGGAAAGAGGAGAAAGCUAGACUGGGCCAGCUCUUAGAUGAAAUGAAAGAAAAAUUUGACUAUAACAACAAAUACAAGAGGAAAGCCCCCAGGGUCUCCUCAGAUCCUCCUGCUUCCAAAAAGCCCAAAAUAGAUGACUCUGCUUCCCAAUCUCCAGCUUCUACUGAGAAGGAAAAACAGUCCAGUUGGUUACGGUCCUUAUCCAGCUCAUCUAAUAAGAGCAUUGGCUGCGUUCAUCCCCGUCAGCGGCUCUCGGCGUUCCGGCCCUGGUCCCCGGCUGUGUCAGCAAAUGAGAAGGAGCUCUCAACCCACCUUCCCGCCUUGAUCCGGGACAGUUUCUACUCCUACAAGAGCUUCGAGAAUGCCGUGGCCCCCAACGUGGCGCUCGCGCCCCCGGCGCAGCAGAAGGUGGUGAGCAGCACGCCCUGUGCCACGGCAGUGCCGCGCAGCACCGAGCCCGGAAGCACGGCCCUGCCGCGCAGGAGGAGGCCUGCGGCUGACAGCACGGCCCUGCCCGAGGCAGCGGCCACCACGGCAGCCCCUGCCCCUGCCCCCGAGGAGGACAAGGAAUCAGAAGCAGAAAUUGAAGUAGAAACCAGGGAAGAAUUCACUUCCUCCUUAUCGUCACUCUCCUCCCCAUCCUUCACCUCAUCCAGCUCCGCGAAGGACAUGAGCUCCCCUGGGAUGCAGGCCCCGGUGGCAGUCAGCAGCUCGUAUGAGGUUCCAGCACAUUCCGACUCUCACAGCAGCGGGCUGGAAGCAGAGCUGGAGCACCUAAGGCAGGCCCUGGACAGCGGCCUGGAUACAAAAGAAGCCAAAGAAAAAUUCCUCCAUGAAGUUGUUAAAAUGAGAGUGAAGCAGGAAGAGAAGCUGAAUGCGGCCUUGCAAGCCAAACGCAGUCUGCAUCAGGAGCUGGAGUUCCUACGGGUGGCAAAGAAAGAGAAACUGAGAGAAGCAACGGAGGCGAAGCGCAACUUAAGGAAAGAGAUUGAACGUCUGCGAGCUGAGAAUGAGAAGAAAAUGAAGGAAGCGAAUGAGUCUCGGAUACGACUGAAGAGGGAACUGGAACAAGCCAGGCAGAUCCGGGUGUGCGACAAGGGCUGUGAAGCCGGCAGGCUCCGCGCCAAGUACUCGGCACAGAUUGAGGACCUACAGGUCAAGCUCCAGCACGCAGAGGCCGACAGGGAGCAGCUCCGAGCUGACCUGAUGCAUGAAAGGGAGGCUCGGGAACACUUGGAAAAAGUAGUCAAGGAACUUCAGGAACAACUGUGGCCUAAACCAAGCAGUCAACCCCCCAGCAGCGAAAACACAGCAAGCGCCCUCGAGAACUGACCCACCCCUCGAGCCUGCCAGAGCUGCACAGUAAGGGAGGACGCAUGGGGGACGUGUGUAAGUGCAUGUGUGAGUAGUUGUGUCGUGGCACACAGGGCUCUGAAUAUGGAUUCGUACUAGUUGGAAGGCAGAUUUUACUUUCUCUAACUGAAGCACUGAAUGAUGCCUCUUUCUUCCCCGAUCCAUAUAGCACAACAUCUUACUGUGCCUAGAAAACACAAAGUGUUUAUAAACAAAAUACUUUUGAGUCCACAGCAAAUUUUCUACCGGCAAACUCCAAGCAAGCAGCAUCGUCCAGCUAAAAUCAGCGCAGGCAAACAGGGCAGUGGUUUUAUGUUGCCCUAUUGCCUGUUGGAACAUUUUGGAAUUCAAAAACAAACAAACUUUUCUUAUAAGCUAUUUAAAAUAAUUCAUUACACAGACUUGGUAUUAAAAAAAUAAUGCGAUUUUUAUAACGAACCUUUCAAAGCAAAACAAAAAACAACCUUCGAUGCACAAUUUUUAAUGACUUGUUAUAGGUUUGGGGAUUCUCAGUGCAGAAGCCCUCUGGUGAUGAUGCCAUUUCAUUAGCAGUUUUCCAGCCACCUCGGAAGCCAUCAGUUUAAUCCCGUCACGCAGGUAUAUGACAAUUUCGGAGUGCUUUGAUUUUUAACUUAGGAAGAAUUCUCUUCAUUUCCUGUCCUAAACACAAGAAGAAAGGGAGAUGCAGGACUGGAAAGAGGGAGGGGGAUGAGAAGAGUACGCGCUACACUUACAAGCUCAGCCUUAUAGACUUCAGUGUUUGACAUCAUGCCAUCGUUUCUAAAGACAUCCUCACUACUUGGUGUGUUCAAAGGACUCACUUCAUCCAAGAGCACUUCAGCUUAUGGAAAAGAAAGAAGGAAAUGGGUGAUCCGUUAAGUCAGUUGAGAAAUAAAGCAAAAGAUGAAUGUGUUUUGAAGCCAUUCUGAAAUCUUUAUGUCAGUUUUCUGGAAAACUCACCUCUGUUGCACCAUCUUCCCAUAAAUUCAGUAUUUACCUGCUUUUACUAUGAACUGUCAGUCCAGAGUUCUGUGCCCAAGGGGAGUGCAACAUCGCAUUAUCGGAUACUACAGAAAAGAAAACGUUUGCUGCUGUGAAUAAGCCUACAUCAUUGAAAAAACAAAACUUUUUUGUUUUUAAAAAGAGAAAUUACUUUAAUUUUUGGAUCCCAGCCGCAGCCCCGGGGUCCAGGUGCAGGCUGCCGGCACCGUGCCUCACAGGGGGUGGUGGUGGUCAGUUUUUAGUUGUUUUUUUUUUGUUAAACUGCACUUUGUCAGGAUCUUACUCUGCAUUUUGUUCCACAUAUAUCUCAAGUUUACAAGCUGAGCAGUCAGGUUCUGCCCCACUGAGCAGGCGUAGGAAUCAUCAGCCCAGUUUUCCACCAGCUGCCACCUUGCACCGUCACCCACAGGAGCAUCCCGCAGGGUGGAAUCCUGCCCACACGACUUCCCCAGCGGGGUUUGAGUCCCACUGAGCUUGGGAGGCAGCAGAGACACUCCCAGAAGAGCUGAACAAAGAACACUGGUGCUUUCUGAACAAGAGAAAAGUUCUUUUCACCCCUAAACACUCACCUCUCACACCCGAGCUCAUCAGGGGAACGUGAACAAGUUGAUCUGGGGCUGCAGAUGUGCCUUCCAGCUUGUCUUAACUCUCAGCAUCUUUUAGAGGCAACGCUGACACUUUGGUGACCUUAAAGAAUAAAAGGAAAAAAGAAAAAAAAAGAUCCCCCCCAAUGCAUCAUCCUCCCCAGAAGUUACUCAAAAUGAAGAAACAUUAUUUCCAGUAAUCUUUAUUUGCUUUUGGACAUUACUGCAAACUCUGUAAGCUUACAAAUUAUUUCCCGGUAGACAGAAAGCGGCUUCCAAUCCUGAAAUUAUCCUAUUUACUUACAGUACAUUAGAGAGAUUUUUUUUUUUCUUAAACAAGAGCUGUUUGCUUGAAACCAUUAUAGUAACCAUUAUAAUAACUGUGAGCAUUAACAAAGAAGUUCAUAUAUAAGUUUUAGGUACAAAAAAAGAAGAAAUAUGAAAGGAGUAGAAUUACUGGGACGAUGUAAAACUGUUGGGAGCAAGAAACAGUUCCAUCAAGUAAAUGACGGGAAACUGCCCGUUGAUCCGGGGCUCUGCCCUCGUGCGUUUGGGAUGCCGGAGACUGAGGCUAGUGCAGAUCUCCUCCUCUAAAGUGCAAUGCAAAAGGAAUUUUGAUUACGCUUAAGCAGGUGUUUUUUUUAAUGUGUUUUGUUGGUUUUGUUUUUUUUUUUCUUUGUAUGUUUUUUUCUGCGAUAUUAAAUCAUAUGCAUGGAAUUAAAAUCUCUGCCAUACGUAUAUUCAUUAAUGGGCAUUAUUACUGUCUUAUGUAAAGGGUUUAUUUUGUUAUGCAGUAUGCAUAAAAAUGUUCUCAGCCUUAUGAUUUCCAGCUCUGUAUUAUUCACUUCUUUCUUCAAGGGAAACUGAGUAACUUUAGCUCUAGUUGAUGCUGGAUCAGCACUCACAUGCUCUGCUUCACUGCCAUGCUACGAAAUUACACAGCGGACACGUGUCCCCCCCAGUGUGUCUGACCCCUCACGGUUUACAUUUGGUUCCUGUGGGGUUUUCACCUGCUCUCCCCUUGUGACCCGACAAGAGCUGGCACUGUGCCCACCUCCCGCCACCUUUUCCCAGGAAGCGGCCCACUUACCUGCUGCACAGGACACGGUGGCUCUUUCUGAGUGUGCAGGCGGCAGACCCGGUCCCUGGCACAAUGUCUGCUCUGCAGAUGAUGCUUUUAGCUCCUAAAUUAAUGAAUUCUGCAUUUUUAGAUAAAUAAAUAAGUAAAUAAAUAACCCCCCAAACCAGAACAGUGCAUGGUCUUAUCAAUCAAUCAGUAGUAAAUAGUCCUGUCAAACAGCCACCAGCAUCUGUGCUUCACAUGCAGAUGGGCCUGGCAGUGUCCAAGGCCAGGUUGGACACAGGGGCUUGGAGCAACCUGCUCUAGUGGAAGGUGUCCCUGCCCAUGGCAGGGGGUUGGAACUGGAGGAGCUUUAAGGUCCCUUCAGCCCAAACCAUUCCCAAUUCUAUAAUUAAGAUUAGCAAGAAAGAAGCCUACAAAUUAAAGUCACAACCAUUGUUACAAAUCUGUUGUCUCCUUUUGCCAAGCAUUAUAGUAAUUCCAUGAUCUAUGACAGAUGAACUUCGCCGUGGUUGAGGUUCAGGCUCAAUAGCAUUUGAUUCUUGGGAGUGAGAACUUUCUAUAGAAACACUUGUAUAAAUUCAGGUUUAAAAUCUGAAAGCGGAAGACUGGGAACAAGUGUUCCACACCAGCAGCUUACUGGCAGGAGAGGUUUGAAGUACAGGAAUUCCACCCUCAGGAAUUUUGUCUUUCCAAAGUACAUUUUACCAUUUAUUUCUGCUGAAUAUGGAAUUGGUUUCUAAUUCAGAAUUCCUGAGCAUGUUGUUUGUUUUCCCAUCCUCAGCAGACAGCCCCUGAGACACUAACUUCUAGAAACAGGCUGUCAGAUGGUGGGAAUCUUCAGCGCCCCCCUCCUUGGGCCGGCUGGGAGUGGGCAGUUGUGUGUGUAAUUUCAGGGAGCACCCGCUGGCGGGGAAGGGCUGGGCUUGUCCUUGGGCUCGCUCUGGGUCCUGCCACAUUCCAUGCGCACUCCAGCCUGGGAGGGCCGGAACUGUAAAGUCCCAGCUUCGCCUUUCAUCUGCUCGUUAGUUUCCUUUAAGAAGUUGUUAACAGGGAGAAGAGGUGUUUCCCACAGGCUGUUGACUCUCCCUCUGCUUAAAAAUAUAUUACUUAAUACUUGUAUAUUCAGUUUAAUUACUCAUUGUUUCUAUUACUGAAAGAAGACUUAACGAAGGGAAAAAAAACCAACAGCAAUAACAUUCAUAUCUAUGGAGCAGCUAACUCGUAUACAUAAUAUUCUGCUUUUCAAACAGAACUAGCCAAUGUAAAAAAGAAAAAGUUAAAAGUAAAUUCAACAUGUAAAUACUUUUUUUCAUUUUACACUGUUGUAUUAUAAGUGUAUAUGGUGUUUACUUUUUCAAAACUCUUUCUUACCUGGUAGCUGUCUUGUUUUCUGAGUUGUGUUUUUAACUGAGAAGAACCUUUGCUGUCUGUGAGGAACAACACAACAAACCCUUUUUGCAAGCUGCCGCUGUGGGUUCGCCCUCCUCCACCAUUGGCAUUUUCUUUGUCUUCGUUUUCACUGUAAAGUAUUUUAUUACCAAAAGGUUGGUUCCUUCCCCCUCUGCCCCUCAUCAGUCCAUGUGUUUUAGAAAGAAGUUUUUUGUUGGUUUGGUUGUUUUGUUUUGGGUUGGGUGUUUUGUUUUUUUUUUUUUAAAUCAAAAGAACUCACAGAAAUGACAUUUUUUUCAACUGAAGAAAAAUGAAUCUUUACAUUUAUAAUAGCCAAUAGCAUUUCAGCACAUUUUUGUUAUCCUGGUCUCUCCUAUGCUGCUGCUAAUGACAAUAUUAUGACUUACUCUACUAUUCUAGAAUUAUUUUUAUGUAUGUAAUGUAUGCUUUCUUGUUUAUAAAUGCCUGAUUUAAAAAAAAAAAAUAAGAAAAAAGCUUGGCAUAUUUAUCUAUUUCGCUGUGUACCUUGAUAGUCCUUUUCCACCCCCUUUUCCACAUCCCCUCCCCUCAAAGCAGAUAAUAUUGUAAAAUAAAGGACUUUAUGAGAUUAUGUAUGAAAAUAGCUAUGCUUAUAUACCACAGUGACUGAAUGUACAGUGUAUAGACGCAUUACCUAAAAUAAAAUUGUUUGUCCAGAAAAGAA